UAUCAUCAGGAUUACAGUCGGAACAAUGAGUCGCUUCAUCUUCAUGAUUCUGCUGAUCGCUGCAGCUGUGAUGGAAGUUCAAUGUCAAGGAGUGGAGUUUAAAGGAAGAUCUGCCAUCUUGACCUGUCCUGAAUUUGAUUCUGAAUCUAUCCCAGAGUGGUAUCACACCAAAGAGGAUAAAGCAGAGAAACUUCAACCAAACAAACAGCAUGAAGUUCCUGCUGAAGGAGGAAUCGUUUCAGGAUCCUACAUGUGCAAAUCAGGCAAAAAAUAUCAUUUCUUCCUCAACGCAAAGGUGUGUGAAAACUGUCAUGAGUUGACCGGUUUGAUGGCAACGGGUGUCAUAUUUAGUGAUCUGCUGCUGACAGCCGGAGUGAUCCUCAUUGUUUAUAUCUGCGCCCAGAAAAACACCAGUGACACAAACCAGAGAGCACCAAAUCAACGGUCCAGAGACGCUCCUCAACCCCCAAACCCGGAUUAUGAGCGUCUGAACCCAAAGACUGUCAGUAAAGACGUGUACGCAGGAAUCCGCUAGCCGUCUGCAGUGUGUGUGUGUGUGUGUGUGUGUGCUGUUAAUACAGAUGUAACGCUUCAGGAUUCAGUUGUUGCACAUUAGAGUUGUUUCAGUGUAAUUGUGUUAAUUGUGCUUUUGAUGAUAUCUGAUGAAGUGUGCUGAGUGGAAACUUGUGCUCAUCACACACUCAUUUAUGACUUCACAUGGAAACGUUUGCUGAAGUGGAAACUGUGUUACUGUAAAUACUGUUGCAGCACAAACUCAAAGAAAUGCUUGUUUUUAGUGAAACUCUUUAAAAGUCUCUGAAUGAUGUUUGUUCUCCUACACUUUAUGAGAAUGAUUCUGACGCAGUUCUUCAGAUGUCUUCAGGUGUUUCUGACACAAACACACACUCGACAUGAUUUAAUAUUAAUGAUGUAUUUCCAAUAAUCCCGAUUGUUGAAAUGAACUUCUGUGUUUGAGGCUCACAGCAUCUGAAAAUCAUCUCUAUUAAUCAACAAAUGAUUUCAUUGUGUUUGAAAUAUAUCAAUAAAGUUUGAC